CUUAAAGCUGCUUCAGAGAAGCCAGGACAAGCAGAGGGAGAACAUCUUGAGCACAUAACAAAGUUAUUUAGGGGGAUUUAACACACAGCAGCUUCAGCGAUGCAUUCCCAUUCGGGUCUGAUCUUUAAAGCAGUCCUGGCUCUUCUGUUUCCGCGGCCGAGCAGCGCCGAGUCCGACCCAUUUCAAGCCGUCAACCCGAACGAAUCGGACGGAUGCCUCCAGCCUCCUCUCUCCGCGCUUCUCUCCCGCGGCGCCGCGUCCUCAGCCGUGACAGAUGAGAUCCUGGAGUCCAGCCGGGAGGCGCUGCUCGUCACGGAGCGCCGCUACCUGCGGACGGACUGGUGCAAGACGCAGAUGCUGAAGCAGACCGUCCAGGAGGAGGGCUGCCUGAGCCGCACCAUCACCAACCGCUUCUGCUACGGACAGUGCAACUCCUUCUACAUCCCGCGGCACACUUACCAGGACGGCGGCGUGUUCCAGGCAUGCUCCGCCUGCAGACCGAAGACGUUCAGCACCAUCACCCUCACGCUGUUUUGUCCGGGUCAGACGCCCAGCACGCGGAGGAAGCGGGUCCAGCGCGUGAAGCAGUGCCGCUGCGUAAACAUCAACACGGACUGAGCCACAGCUGGAUGACAGGACCGUCAAUAAAUCAAGAAAACGGCGUCAGGGUACCAGACUGAGGACACCUUGGAUGAUGAAACUUGACUGAACUGCUGUAGAGUCCAAAGCCGGCCCAAGGCAUGUGCGAGUUACCAGGCUGCUUGGGGCCCCAACACCACCACGGGGCCCCAAGAGCAACAUUUUAUUUUAUUUUGUAGUGAUGAAUUGUUUAAUUUUAAUUUAAUUUUGGGUUUUGUUACUUCUAUUCUGUUAUCAUCAAAACUAAAUGGAUAAUAAUACUUGAAAUUGAUCAUUCUCUGUGUAAAUGUUUCAGUUUCAGUAAAAAGUAGUUCAAAGUGGUAUUCUAAUUUAUUGAGCUGAUUUUUGUA